AUUGAAUACAUCUCUGUGUUACUUUUGAGACAAACAAACCCUAAAGUGUUAAAGAACACUGUCCAUCAUAACAAUAUUUUUUUCUUUGUUAUGCAUAUAGUCUUCUUUAUUACUCAUGUCACAAGAUCGCAAGGAAUGGAUCAAGACUCGCAUGGCCAUCUUGAGAAAGCAAGCAGGAUUCUCAUUUAAUCAAGACUUGUUCAUCUCUAUUCUCUUAUGCCUUAUGUCUGAAAGAGAUAAACAUUUGGUACUAACUGCUCCUCCAGAAAGAUUAACAGAAGUGAGCCACAUGGCAACUUUGAUAAGUCGUCAUUUGUUUGGGUUUACAGUAGCCAAGACGGUAUGCCGUGAGAAACUAACUAAGAGUGAUAUUGUAGAGGCCUUGUUCAACUCAAAAGAAGAAGCUGAAGAUAAGCAACCCAAGAAUGAGGCCUCUGUGUUUUCACAUCAGCCAAGUCGUUCUAUUCAGACAAUUGACUCUGAGAAAUCAUACUAUAGCCAUAAGUUGCUGGAGAACGAAAAUGUUAUUUAUACUUCGCCUAUUAGUCCAGUCGAUUUUAAUCUAAGGAAAAGAGAAAGAAUAUUCAAAAAGAAUCGUUGGUCAGAGCAAGAAAGACUCUAUGUUCCUUCUAUCAAUUCAAACAGAAUAGCUCAAAUACUUGUAAUGCAAAAUCUGGAAUUAUGUGAUGCAACCACACAAGCAUUCCUAUUGGAAUUAAUGAUCACUAAAGAGCUGAGAAUAUCGAAUGUCAAAUAUAAUAUGCCCAAACCUUUCUUUUUAGUGAUUGCUGUACUUCCACAAGGAUACAAUCGGUUAUCUAUUUCAUCCCAAUUGAUGGAUCGAUUCUUUGUUAGUUAUAACUUCGAACAAGACAUGUUUCUUUCUUCAAACAAUACUCUACUUAGACAACCCAGUUCUCGAAGAUUUGCGCUUGUAAAGCAAGAGGAAAUCAAAGCAUUGGCUGAUAAAGCAAGUAAAGUGCAUGUCAAUAUUGACAUUACACGUUAUAUUCGAGAUAUUGUAGUAGGCAUUCGAACACACCCAAGAAUCAAAGGAGGCUUAACAGCAAGGUGCAGCAAAGACCUUGUGGCCGUAACAAAAUCUUUAGCUACUCUGUUUGAGAGAGACUUUUUAACGCCUGAUUUAGUAACCAUUGCUGCUGAAAAGGUGUUUGGUCAUCGCUUGCAUGUACUAGCUGUCAACUCCCGCGAUGAUCAGAUGGAGAAAGAGGACAUGGAUUGUAAUAUACCUUCUGAUGUGAUUGCAGAGAUUCUUCGUGUAAUUUAUGUGCCCGUUUAAACUAUAAAUAUGUGACUCUAUUUUUCUUUUUUUUUUCUUUUGUUCUUUUUUCU